UGUUCGGAAGAUAAUACGACGCGUAAAAUUCAGUCUUCCAUCUCCAUCUCUACCAUUCAGACCAUGUGGUGUUUGAUAACAAUAUUUGAUUCAUUCCGUGUCUGAGAAGAAAGACAUCACCGCGAUUUUAUUAAUCGAACGCAAAAAAAUUAUUUAAAAUAAAGCCGGACUUAUUGAAUGUUUUAAUUUUUUGACUUGUAUUUGUUUAAUCGUCUGUUAACCUUUUUUUGUCUGCUAAUUUAUCAUGGUUGUUAUAAACCAUAAACUCCCGGCAAAUGCAGUCGAAGUAACUGUGGAGAAAAUAACGAAUCCAAAUAAAAUACUCAUUAGAGAUGUGACCCAUGCGGAAAAACUAAAACUAAUUACUGAGAAGCUUAAAGUUGUCGCCAAAAAAUAUAAAAUGUCUGCAGAAAAUGUUAAUGAUAGGCCAAUCGCAGUUGGUACUCUCACAAUAAUUGACAGAAACACUCCUGAUGGUAUUAAUUUACCAGCAUGGUACUCUCGGGCCAUAAUAACUGGAUUUAAUCGUGAUACGCUUAAAUAUUCAGCAUUUUUAGUUGACUAUGGCGUCACAUUUAAAUUAUGCCGGCAGGCAUUUAUUGUUAUUGCUCAGGAUGAUAUUCCUGAUCAAUAUUUAACUGAAUCAGUCAGUUUAUACAAAAUUAUACCCGCAAUAAUUAAAUCUAGCAACGAUGAUCGUGUAGACCUUCUUGCUAAGAAGACUUGGUGCCCCGAAGCGAUUGAUUUGGCAAAACAGCUGAUAAGCGCAUCUAGGAAGUGUUACUUUGAACUUUCAGCCACUGGAAGAACGGGAAAAAAAUACGGGGAGUUGUAUCUAAUAAUUGAGAACCAAAUAAUUCUUUUGAGAAAGGCGCUUGUGAAAGCGCACACUGCAAUUUUUGUUAAUGAUGAUUUAUUAGAUGUCAAGAGCAGUGACAAUUCAUUCAGCUCAGCAAAAUCCAUCAGCUCACCAGCAUUAGAUUCAGGAAAUAACACUGACUCUAAUACCACAUCAGCUUCAGUUAAUUCAGUAGCGCAACGAGUUGGUUUUGAAGAAGUUCUGGUCAGCAGCAAUGAACCCUGUCACCGUUUAGCUGACAUAGCUUCUGCUAAAUUUACUAAAAACAUCCAUCAUGCAUUGAACAAAUUAUCAGUAAGAAGACUAAGAAACAUUCAGUCAUACAUGUGGCCUGCUAUCAACAAAGGGCUGGAUGUUAUGGCCGUGGCACCAACCAAGAGUGGAAAAACUUUCGGAUACGUCGCACCAAUUGCCAAUAUGAUUAUCACAACACGACAGUACCAAGAAGAUGGUCAACCGAUGGCCUUAAUUCUCUGCCCGUCUUCAAAAGAAGUUUUGUAUAUCAAAGAACACUUCCGGUUAAUUCUCUCCGACUUCAACGAUAUUAAAAUAAUCGGAGCUUUCAAUGGAUGCGAGUAUCGAUCAAUUACAGCCCAAAUUUACAACGGGUGUCAUAUAUUUAUCGCGACCCCGGCCUUUUUAUUCCGUUACCUCGAAGAUAAGGAUAGCGGAGCCCCGGUUAAGUUUAGCAGCAUAAAUCAUCUGGUGAUUGAUCAUCUAGAUGAUUUAUUACUCAAGCACGUGGACACUUUGAUCCCUCUGUUGAAGAAAUAUACACCCUUUGGUAAGAAAAAAGCUCAGAGCUCACGACUGAUGGCUUUGCAAACGAUAGGAGUCGCCAGACAAUGGUCCAGCUUGCUUGGAACCUUUACAAAGAAUGCCUUAAAGAAUCCAUUUUACUGCAUCGGUUCGUUUGCUGAUGCCACGAUUUUUUGCGGGAUCCAAUUGAGGACUAGGUCGAUUCUCAAGGCACAGAAACUUGCCAAGACUGAAGAACUGUUGGAGAAAAACUAUCUGUUAGUUAAGACAAUGAUCGUCUGUGCAGAAGGUGAUGAAGCUCAUGAGCUCAAUAAUUAUUUGUCGAGUAAAAAUAUUCGCACGUUGUAUGUUCCUGAGGAUAUAGUAAGAGCUGAGAUCGUAGAUGCUAAAGGUCAAUGGGACAGAGGAAUAGCAGGCAACUACGAGGUACUGAUUUGUACUGACAGAGCUCUGCCGAUUCUAGAGGUAACAGAUGUCGACUGGUUGAUUCAUUACUCAAUCGCCGUGCCGACAAAGUCUACUUUCCUAUUCCGCUUCUCAACUCUCAUGACUAAUUUGAGAAAAAAAUCUCCGACCACUGAGGUCACUAUUUUUAUUGACGAAACCAAUGACGUACAAUUGCGUAGUAUAUUAAAUCUAGUUGAAAGAUCUGGUUACAAAUUGUCUGCUGAGCAGAAGAAUGCAUUUGAACGCGUUUACGUUAACUUGGAACGUCAGAAAAAAAAUUAUCCGAUUUGUGAUAACAUAAAAGCCUUUGGAAACUGUGAGAAAGGGAAUGCCUGCACAUUCAGACACUGUUUCAUUGCUGAAGUUGAUACUCCGAUGACACCAGUGACCGUUGGAGACAAAGUUAAAAUGACAAUUACUUAUGUCCAUGACGCAACACAUUUUUCGGCAAAGAUACAAGAGUACACCGACAGCCAGGGAAAUAAGCACAUGGUUUCAGCGGCAGCGCACGUGGAAAUCGAGUCAAAGGUAUAUCAGUAUUUUGCAGCGAUGCGUAAUCGGCGCAAGUGUCACAGUGUCGAAGUCGGCGGAAUUUACGGGUAUGAUGAAAGACUUGACGAGUAUUGUCGGGUCCAGAUUAUUAAUGUUGUGAAAAAAAAUGACGAUGACAAACCUCUGGUUGUUGAUUUGAGAAAUAUUGAUUCGGGAUAUAUUUACGCACACCAAAAUGUAAGCAGAUUGAGGGAAAUGCCAAAAGAAUUAGCAGAAGCUCCAGCUCAUAUUGUUGAAGUAUUUUUGUCAAAUAUAUCACCUUAUGACAAAGAAAUUGAAUGGAAUGUCAGAGCUAAUAAAUGUACUAUGAGUUGGUUUACUGAACAAUUGGAAGCGCCUUGUACUUCUUUACGAGGAACUGUCGUUUUACACUUCGGCAAUACCUUGUGGGUAGACCCGCUAGAAGUAAGGAUGCAAAUCAGUAUCGCAAAUAAGGAAUUGCACAAAAGUUCUCUGAAAGAUCAUUUGAUUAAAAAGAAAUACGGAGUUGCUAAUGAUAAUCAUAUUAAAUUACUGAAAAAAAUGUGUAGUUACGCGGACAUGAUGGAGUUAGAGUAGGACUUUAUUAGCAGAGAGAAUUUAUUUAUAAAGACAUGACAAUAUUAAUUUAUAAGAUAUUAUAUUUAUAUGACAGAUAUUUUUGUUAAAUGAAUUUCUAAAAGUCGCGCUAGACUACAGUAUUAAAAUACAAAGAGUAUUUUAAAAUAUAUAAAUACUUUAUUUUAAAGUAAUUAGAGCAGGGACACUAAUUUUUGACCCUACACGCUGAAAAAAAAGUGGUAAUACUUGCCAUCUUAACGAAGUAAUUAUUCCCAUCCUUAGAUUUUAAUGAUUCUCAUUCUUUUAUGUUAACUUUUCCUAUCGGAGAUGGUAAGUAUUCUUAUCCGUGAUGAUAAUCAUUACUAUCUUAGAAGGCAAAAUCAAAAAUUUUUCAGACAUAAGAAAUAUAUUACCCUGAAGUUAGCAGACAAUGAGUAAUUUUCGGAUUUUUUUUUUCACCAAAUCAAUUACAAAAAAAAAAAAAACUAAAAAUAUGCACAUGUAGAAAAAUUAAAAAACUACAGGUGCAAUUUUUUCAAAUAUUUUUUUUUUAUGGUUUAUCGUCUAAAAAAAAAUUCAAAAAUUAUUAGACGUCUGCUAACUUCAGUAUCAUAGAAAUAUUACUAUCUAGAUGGUAACUAUUACUAUCGGCAAUAGUAAUUAUUACUGUACGAGAAACGAAUAGUUAACAUAAAAGCAUGAUAAUUAUUAUCACAUACAGAUGGUAAUUAUUCCCUAUUGCAAGAUGGUAAUAGUUAGCAUUUUUUUCAGCGUGUAUGCAAUCUGCGGACACGUCAUUUGACAUUUGAAGAAUAUAAAAAAUAUUCUUACUAAUAAAUGUAAUCAAAGUAUUUAUAGAUAAGACGUAACUGUGAUGUUUUUACUUUGUAUUGAUCGUCUUAUCGAAAUUGUUGGUGUCCAAAACUGAUACCGGUAUCCAGAACCGGUACUUAAUAUAUAAGUAUAAAAAUAUUCCAAUUUAUACUUAAUUCAUUCCAAUUGAUUUAAUGUUUAAUUCAUAAUUUAUGAAAUCAGUAGAUAAAAUUUUUAUUAAUAGAAUUGACUUUUGUUUCUCAAAUGAAUAUAGGGCAGAGGUAUAACUUUCGGCCACUUUAGGGCCAGUUUUGGACACUUGAAAAAUUUAAAUAAAACAAUUUGUUAAAGACGCAAUGAUAUAAUUAAUUUUUUAAAUCUGUUCAAUGAUACUUUUAUCAAGUCAUUGCAAUGCGAGUUUUUUUUAUACUUUUUCAUUAAUUAAAAUAAAGUAUUAAAUGUCCAAAAAUGGAGCAGUGGCCGUAAAUGGCACAGAUAGAAUGCUACCAAGACGAUUUUGUAGUAACUGUUCAAAAUUUACUCGUCAGUAUCUAAGUAGCCGAGUGUCCUGACCGCUUCAUUUAUUUUUUGAGAUCCAAACUAUUCUAUAAAUCAUUUGUCUAUCACCAAUAAUUUACUAUUUUUGUACUAGAAACAGUUUCAGCUUUAUAAUGUAAUAAUGUGUUGUAUGCUCAAAUAAAUAAUUAUUUAAACAAUUUAAUUAUAAGUAAAUAAUAC